AAGUGACGUUUCUAGCGGUUACUGUUGGUGACAGCGAUUAAUCUUUCGAAAGAAAUGGCGAAAAAUACCAUGUUUUCAUUUCCCAGGAGGGACCAGAGGAACCUGAGCUUUGGAGAGGUGUCUUUAGACAUUUUAACCGACAUUCUGUCCAACCUCAACAACAAAAACAAGUCCAAUUUGGAGAAGGUGUCAGAUCUUUGUGGUUGUCUGAAAGAAAGGAGAAUAGUUCAAUGUGUAUUUCUUCUUUGUGAGGAGCUAGGAUUGAGUCCCGUGGUCGCAUAUCAGGCCAUCGAAAUACUGGAGAGGUUUACGGCCAAACAUAUUGAAGAUCUGAUCCGGAGCCGCAAAGAUUCAUCACUCGCCGAGGACACCAGAAACCGUGAAGAUCUCAUUUUCCAAACGCUCAAGCACAAGUUCUUCCUCUUCAUCAUUUCAAGCAUUCAGAUCGCCAGCAAACUGGAUUUGUACACCAAUGUUGUCAACAAUGACAUCGCGAUGAGAUUUCUGCAGUCGGUCAGUUACCCUUCCUCCAAAAAGCAACUCUUGGACUCUGAGGUUUUCAUUUUAAAAACUCUCAACUUUAAUCUGAACGUCCCCAAUCCCGUAACGUAUGUGGAGACGCUUUUGGAAGUGCUGGGCCACAAUGAUGCAUCUGCCCCUGUUGCUCAGCUACAUGACCAGUGUGUGCCUGUACUGCAGUUUAUUUACCUGCAGAGGGAGACAAUCUACAACUCAUUACUCAUUUUUGCCACUGGAUGCGCCAGUCCUUCCCAUGAGCAAAGAGCCAAGUUUGUGUCGGUGACAGAGGACUUCAUGCUUUUGGGAGUUGGAGUCAUCGCUGUGGCCGCCUUCAUUCAUCAUAUCUCAACGUGCGUAAAGGUGGUGGAGGAGCUGACAGAAAUCACAGGCAUUUCAGCCCAGAGUAUCAUGGACUUUGCGUAUGUCACACUGAUGCACAUCACAGACGAUACAUCCAAGUGAUGAAUUUUUAAGUGUGUUGAUAUAGUCUGGAGUAAUAGAAGGUCUAUAAUAGGGGAAUAAAACAAUAAUAAUAAUAGGGGAAUAAUAAUAUAAAAUAAUAGGUGAAUAGUUU